UCCUGCCAUUGAUUUUUACAAUCGGAGCAUCUAGUCCUGCUAUUCAAUAAUAAUCAGUUCAAUUAUUACGCAUUUACGUCUAUUGGAAAUUCAUAAUAUACAUAGUUCGCUGGAACCGGAGUGAUAUCGUGCAAUUAGCCAACCAACUGUGAUGGCCAACUUUUUUACAGUAUUAUCGCUUUUAUAUUUGUCAACCCUUGUGUCUUGCUGUGAUCGAUGCGAUGGGCAAGUCAAAUUCGAGCCCCUCGUUUUGGUGCAUGGAGGGGCCGGCAAAGCUGAUCCUACAAAAGCUACUAAAUUGUUAACUGGUGUCCGAUUGGCGGCUCGUGUUGGAUAUAAAGAAAUGGCGAAGGGUGGAUGUGCCCUGGAUGCAGUGGAAGCUGCAAUUCGUUCAAUGGAAUUAGAUGACGAUUUCAAUGCUGGGUAUGGCUCGGUUCUCACUAUAGAUGGUCGGGUCGAAAAUGACGCAUCCAUCAUGGACGGUGUGACACUGAAGGCUGGUUGUGUUUCUUUGAUUACGGAUAUUUUGCAUCCAAUAUCAGUAGCGCGCAAAAUUCUUGACAAAUUACCCUACACCUACAUGGCUGGAAAUAAUGCUAUGCGAUUCGCCGAAGGACAAGGCGUGCACAUUUUGAAAACCGGCUCACUAGUGAGUGACAGUGCAUUGAAGGAGUUGAACAAUUACAAAAAUCAACUGAACAUGAGCACUUGGUUCAUUCCCGAUUAUCAUACAUAUAAAGGUACUAUUGGAGCUGUUGCUAUCGAUUCAUGUGGAAAUUUAGCGGCUGGAACUUCAGCUGGAGGCUCCAUUGGAAAACUUUCUGGACGAAUUGGAGAUUCUUCACUCAUCGGAUCAGGCACUUAUGCCGACAAUAACUUGGGAGCAAUAUCCGUGACAGGAGGUGGUGAGAUCUCCUUGCGUUAUAAUGUCGCACAACGGAUAAUGCAAAAUAUGAAUUAUAUGUCGACGAAUGCCCAGCAAGCGGCUGAAAAUGUUUUAGAUGAAAUGAAUAAACGUAUGAAAGCCACGGCUGGUGUAAUUUUGCUGGACAAAUUUGGUAAUACCGGUAUAUACUUCACCGCCAAGAGCAUGCCUUGGGCAUACCAGAAGAGGGACUCAUUACACUUUGGCAUAUUCAAAGGAGAGCACUUUAGUGAAAAAAUCAGUAGUCAGUAAAAAUAUAUGUUGUAAAGAUGUGACAGAAAAAUAAGUGAUUUUAUUGUGCUUAUUAUUAAAUGUUUUGCUGAUGAAAGUAAA